AUGCCGCUCAGUUCAUCGACGUGGCCGCCGAUGGAGAUAACGACCCACACUGAACUGUCUUAUCUCCCACAGUGUAUCUCCUAACAUUUGUUUAUCACCUUCCGUUACACGAUGAGGACCGGAAUAUGAAGCUCGGCCCACUUUUUUCUUUCCACUGAACCUCUAGACCAGCAUUGAAGCCGUCCAAGCUAUCUCAUCUUCUAAUUCGAGCGCGGUCAAUAUCAUGACGAGCAAAGACAUACCCUACGACAUUUGGGAAUGUAUUUCUACGUUCAUCCCCGAAACCCAGUUGGCAAAGCUGUUCUCCGUCAACCGAGCCUUGUAUCGUGCUGCUAUGAAUGCCCGAUACAGGUGCGUGGAAUUUAAUGAAUUCAAUGAUCAUAAGAUGUGGCUCUUGGAGCGGAUGAAAGACCCUGCCGUAGCCAAACGCGUUCAUACCCUUCACGUUGAAACGUGGUCCGUGUUUACUUCCCACCACCACCGAGGGUCAACUAUCUAUUGCUCCGACGAAAUCAUCCGAGCCAUGAUAGGCGCUGUGCGGGGAAUGACAAACCUCCGCGAAUUACGCAUACACUGGCGGAACCAUCUCUUCUCACAAGACCUCGUGCCAUUCUUCACCGCAGUGUGGAACCUCAAGGCCGCUGUCCACCGCCUCGUUCUAGUAGCGCCGCUCGGGCGCUUCCGCACCCUUCUGUCCACCGCAACCCGCAAGUUCAGUCAUCUAAGGGAACUCGAAAUUGUAGUGCAGAAGGACAGCUUUUCUUCCACCACGGAAAAUACAAACGCGGCCAAUGUUCAGGAAGACAUUCUUACACCUUUCAUAAAUAACGCGGGAGAAACGCUUCGAAGUUUGUUCAUUCGGACCGCGCCCGGUGUUAAUUUCGCGCCGGUCAUCGCCUCGUUAGGUUACUUUCCGCAUUUGCGUAAACUGGCGUUGGUAAUCCAUCCAUCCGACAGUGGCCUGGUCGAAAUGCUCAAUGCACACGCAGAGACACUCACCCAUUUCGAGUGGGCAAUAUCCUCUCUCGACCCAGAUGCCAUGGAGGACAUCGACGAUGCAGUGGAAUGCCUUAUCUCGAAUGUUGAUUUGGCGAACAUGGAGACAUUGGGGUUGUACAUCACCCAGCGGUGCUACCCCACAGCGAUCAAGUGUAUAUCCAAGAACUCGCAGUCUCUAACCAGACUCCAUAUUGAUGGUCUCUGCAUGCGAGAUGACCAGCUUGGUAAACUGACGGGACUACUUGGGAACUCAUACUUGAGAGCUUUGAGUACCACGGUGGAAACGCUCAGUUUCGAUGUCAUCCGGAUCUUAUCUCGUUUGCCAUCCAGUCUGAAAUCUAUAUGUCUUGAGUUUAGAAACAUCAAGCUUCCGAAGGAGGUAUCUACACUUGUAACUCUACCGAUGCUACCUGUUCACCAACUUGACGAGCUCAAUAUACGAGGAGCGUACCUCUCACUCUCCCAACUGAACGUUGUCCUAUCUGCUUUUGCGCAUUACUUCCUGCUCUCAGGCCUCGAGACCUUCAAAGUCGACGUCCAGACCAUGAGCCCUCCGCUCAUUGAUUUGCUGGCCACUCGCCUCCCGAUGAUAUACUCGCUAUGGUUACGAAUCAUCGAGCUUACUGGAGAGAACGAUGAGGAUGAACGUUGGCUAACCAGACUGGUGAGUGACUGGUUGCUUCAAUUCUGUGUUUGCCGUACUAAUAUUGAACUGUAGGGCGCCUUCACGACUGAUAUGAAAGGACGACAGUACCCUCGAUGGAGACUCGAAGAGGCGAGGAUCACAUCAACGUAUUUCGAUGCCUCAAGACCAGGCGAAGCUGUGAGACUGACGGAACAUAAGGAAAUCGUUGAAGUCUUGGCGUUGUCGGUACCGACUAUGCGAUGAAAUAUAUCAAAACUAUAGUUAGAAAUAUAUUGUCUGCCGGGUUGUG